AAAACGACAACGUUCCAGAAUGUCUACCGAAACAAAACCGCCAUGCCCUCCCUUCACCGCCGAAACGGCGCGAAUCAAAGUCAAGGCUGCGCAGGAUGCAUGGAAUACGAAGGACCCUGAGACAGUCAAGAUGGCAUACACACCUGACUCAGUCUGGCGGAACAGGGACGUCUUCCUUCGCGGCCGCGACGAGAUUGUACAGUUCCUGAGCGAGAAGUGGUCGCGCGAAGAUGGCUAUAGACUGCGCAAAGAGCUGUUUGCCUUUUCUGACAACAGGAUUGCCGUACAAUUUUGGUACGAAUGGCACGAUGAGAGCGGCCAGUGGUGGCGUACCUACGGACUCGAGGACUGGACCUUUGCCGACAAUGGUCUGAUGCGGAAGCGGCAAAUGAGCGGCAACGAUGUCAGAAUUAACGAGGACGCAAGGUGGUUCAAGGAAGGCGUCGACGUCAACUCGGUGUCCAUUGGCGAGGAGCACUGGUGAGAGUGAGGAGUCACGUUGCAUGUGGUACAAUGACGGCUGUCUCAGAGCCGUCAGCGGGUGCUCUGGAGCUGAAUGCAGAGAUGGGAGCCUUCUCCAUGGGGUUUACUUAAGCUCAUAAUUACUGAAACUUGUUCUGCCGCUACCAAACAUGUCAUCACGCCAUCUUCCCGUCCAUGGAUUUCGAGCAUACGAUCAACGAAUCCAAAAAUGGUACAAAAUUGCAGCAU